CCAACCAGGACGCGGCAUUCUAUCCGCUUGUCCAAUCACCGAGCAGUGUGUUGAACUGCCGCUCCCUGUUAGCUUCAGCUGCUACACGGUGACAGUCAGGCGUUUUCUGUUUGAGUUACCGUUAAAAAACAAACUCCAGCUGCGAUGGCAACUGACUGUAUCUCUAAGAUUGAGCUCUGCGUCUCCUGCACUGACCUGCUGGACAAAGACGUGGGCUCAAAGUCCGACCCUCUGUGCGUGCUGCUGCAGAAGUCCGGAGACAAAUGGACGGAGCUGGGUCGCACUGAGCAUUUGGUUAACUCCUCCAGUCCGUCGUUCAGUCAGCGUCUCAGGAUCGAUUAUCACUUUGAGACGGUGCAGAAUGUGAAGCUGGGGGUCUACGACAUCGACAACAAGAGCGCCGACCUCGGGGAUGAUGACUACCUGGGAGGGGUGGAGCUAACGCUGGGACAGAUCGUUUCCAGUAAAACCAUUACCAGACCUCUGCAGCUGAAGAAAGGCAAACCUGCAGGGAAAGGAGCCAUCACUAUCACAGCAGAGGAGAUAAAGGACAACAGAGCCAUUCAGCUGGAGUUUGAGGCUAAAAAACUCGACAAGAAGGACACGUUUGGAAAGUCCGAUCCCUUCCUGGAGAUUUCCAAACAGGGAGACGAUGGAAAGUGGCAGCUGGUGCACAGAACAGAGGUGGUGCAGAACAAUCUGAAUCCCACCUGGAAGAAGUUCACGAUCCCCCUUCAGACGUUCUGCUGCAGUGAUCUUGAACGGCCGCUGAAGGUGGAUUGCUCCGACCAUGACAGCGACGGCUCUCAUGAUCUGAUUGGUUCCUUCACCACUAAAGUGUCCGAGCUGCAGAAAACUGCGCACGGUUCACUGGUGGAGUUUGACUGCAUCCACCCUGACAAACAGAAGAAGAAGAAGAGCUACAAGAACUCCGGAGUUGUGUCUGUGAAGAGCUGCAAGAUGGUGACUCAGUACACCUUCCUGGACUAUGUGAUGGGCGGCUGCCAGAUCAACUUCACCGUUGGGAUCGACUUCACCGGCUCUAACGGGGAUCCUCGCUCGGCCAACUCUCUCCACUACCUGAGUCCAGACGGGCUGAACCAGUACCUGUCUGCUCUGUGGUCUGUGGGUCAAGUGGUCCAGGACUACGACACUGAUAAACUCUUCCCGGCUUUCGGUUUUGGUGCCAAACUGCCUCCAGACUACCAGGCUGCACACCACGAGUUCGCCCUCAACUUCAACCCCACAAACCCGUACUGCCAAGGUAUUCAGGGGAUUGUUGAAGCCUACAGGAUGGUUUUGCCUCAGCUGAGACUCUCUGGACCAACAAACUUCUCUCCCAUCAUCACUCAUGUCGCUUCCAUCGCUGCGACGGCUGCACAGACCAACGAUGCCUCUCAAUACUUCGUCCUCCUCAUCCUCACAGAUGGUGAGAUCACCGACUUUGACCAGACGAGAGACGCCAUCGUCAGGGCGUCGAGGCUCCCGCUGUCAAUCAUCAUCGUGGGGGUGGGGCCAGCAGACUUUAAGGCCAUGGAGCUUCUGGACGGAGACGACGGCAAGCUGAGGUCAACGGUGGGAGAGGCCGUCGCCAGAGACAUCGUCCAGUUCGUCCCCUUGAGGCAGUUUAAAGAUGCUCCCCAGGCGGCUCUGGCUCAGUCUGUCCUUGCUGAAGUUCCCAACCAGGUGGUCUCUUACUUUAAAAUGAGAGGUCUGGAUCCACCUAAACCAAAAGCUGCCCCCAAAUCCUAAAACCAGCAUCCCAACCACCUCCCCCCCCCCCCCCUAAACCCCCACCACCACCAUCAAACCUUAACCCACAGCGAGCACUCCCCCUGACCAAUCACCAUGCUGAAGGCCCUCAUGCCCCCCAUUCCAGGGUCAGACCACUGCUACGAGACCACUCUGAUGACUCUCAGCCAAUCACAACGCAACACUGAGCUGUCAGCCAAUCAGAACGCCAUGAGGAGGACACUCCAUGUUUUUGUAUUAUCACUUUGCUUUUAGAUAAAUGAGAUGAUUAUUUUCGUGUUGCUGACUCACUAACCCUUUCUGCUGCUUGCGAACUAACUAUGCAAAUAACAUGUUUACUAACAUGCACAACAAUCACAGAGCCACACACACAGGGGGAGGAGAAACUGGUUGUGUUUAGCUCUACACUCGGCUUCUCAGUGAGGUGGUGACACACUGUACAUCAGCUGUGUAUGUGUGGCUCUGCCUAGCUUGAUUCAGGUAUCGAUACUUUGCACUUUGCUUUUGCUCUAAAUGCUGGAAUUAUGAAUGUAAGUAUUUACUCUCUAUCAUAGCUUUAACUCUAAUGCCUUAUUAUAAACUCGCCUUACUCUCAUCCUGUGUGACUUUACACACUUCUGCUGCUGCUUCUUCCUGAGUGUUGGACCGCUCUGCGACGACUUUCUGUGGUGUGUUGAUGCUGCCAUCUCAGCUCAUCGCAGCUUCAGACGUGAUGUGAGUUCAUGUUGGCGUAAAAUCUGUCUGCAUUAUCGUGAGACUUCAAGUUGUAGAUAAUAAUCUGUCAAACAGUUAAUCUCCUAACCGUUGCACGAUAAUGACUUCAAGUUAACGCACUAUGACCACAACACAGCAUCCAACAGAGCGAGAGUCUGAAUACCUGCUCUCAUUUAUCUCAGUUUGACACCGCUCCUCUCUGCAGGGAAACGACUUUAACACCCUUGAAUGUGUCAAAACUCAUGUUUACUGCAGCAAAGCCACAGUGAUGUUAGAAAUAUGCACAGCUCAUGCAUGAGUUACAGCCAAAGCCUCAUCUGCAGCCACUUAACAUCACUUUUAGCCUUUUAAAAAUGACCAGUUUUGCUCCGUACAUAAAAACGUGUCAAAUUUUUACAGUUAUUCAUUCCGCCUUUUUUCAAAGUCCAUUUUUACAGAGUUAAGAUAUGUUUUCUGUGUUUGCCAACGUAAAAUAAUCUUAAUGCUGGGAACUAAUUCGCAUAUCCAUCAGAUCUGCUAUCAAAAGUUGCAGGAUUUAGAAAAGUUUUCUGUUUGCCGACGUAAAAUAAUUUUAAUGCUGGGAACUAAUUAGCAUAUCCAACAGAUCUGCUAUCAAAAGUUGCAGGAUUUAGAAAAUAAAAACUCCCAAAUGCCAAAAUUUUAAAGAAUUAAUCUUCCAGAAAUGUCAACAAUAUUUCCGAUUUGAUAAAGGUACAUGUCAUUUAGCCUUUAAAGAUGGAAUGCACUUGAAAGCUUCACGAAAGCUGAUUUAUUGGACCAUGAGUUCACAUUGUUUCCAUAUUUUUUUAUGUCAUACUGUAGUUUGAAAUUGGCGGCCAUAUUGUAUUCUUUUUGUGCCUUCAUUGUUUUAUACGUCAGUGUUUGAGUUGAAGGGAAAUAGCGUUAUCAAACAUGUGGUUUACGUUGCUUAAAGGCUUCAAAUUAUCAAUAUUGAUGCCAAAAAAAGAUAUAUAUCUGCAGAAAUAAGCAUCAUGAACAUCCACGUUAUUGUCACUUUAAAACAGGCUGCACGGUCACAUGAUGAUGCAGCUAUUCUUACAAUGCUGUUUCUGCUUAUCUUGAAAAUGAACUCCACCUCCCAGAAGGCUUUGCACACCAGUGCAGCUCAAAGUGAUUCCUGGCUGGCUCAUUUUUCAAUCUGUUUGAGUGACCACCAGCUCUACUCCUCAAUUAUGCAGCUAACUAACCAGUUAAACUGAACCAGUCUAACCAGUAACAACAUCUCUGUUUUAGCUUUGCCUGUUAAAAUGAAUCAAUAAAACAACUUUGGGAAAGAAGAAA